AAUUUCUUUGAAAGCUACAUUUCUGUGGCUUCCACUGUGCCUUCGGUCCUGAGCUUGAUUGGGAACUUCCUGCUAGUCAACAAGGUUUCUGUCAACGUCCGUAUUCUCUCCUCUUUGGCUGUCAUGCUGGCUACCUUUCUGGUGAUUACAGUGCUGGUCAAAGUGGACACUUCUGCAUGGACACUGUGGUUUUUUAUCAUCACCGUUGUCUGCGUGGCCGUCAUCAGCAGUGCUGCCACCAUCUUCAUCAGUAGCAUCUUUGGCUUGUCGGGAUCCUUUCCCAUGAGGAAUUCCCAGGCGCUCAUUUCAGGUCAGGCCAUGGGAGGAACGGUGAGUGCCUUGGCAUCAGUGGUGGAUCUGGCAGCAUCAUCGGAAGUCACAAACAGUGCUCUGGCCUACUUCCUGAUAGGGGACGUCUUCAUUGUUUUGUGCAUUGUGAUGUAUCUGUUUCUUCCCAAGCUGGAGUACGCCAGGUAUUAUACUGCAAGGCUGCCACCUAACUCUUUGCCCAGCAGUUACUUGGAGGAAGAGGAGGAUAUGGCAGCAGAGAAUCCCAGCCAGCUCUUGCCAAACAGAAACUACACGGAUAAAAUCCCUCCUCUGUGGCUCAUCUUGAAGAAAACUGGCAUGUUAGGUUUCUGUGUCUUCUACGUCUACUUCAUCUCGAUCACCAUUUUCCCUGCAGUCUCGUCCAGCAUCGAGUCGGUGAACAAAUUCUCUGGGAGUCCAUGGACAGAUAAAUACUUCAUACCUCUCACUAGUUUCCUUCUGUACAAUUUUGCAGACUGGUGUGGACGGCAGAGCACCGCCUGGGUCCAGGUUCCCGGACCACGAAGCAAGUGGCUACCAACGAUGAUUCUGCUGAGAACUUUGUUCAUCCCCGUCUUCAUGUUAUGCAACUUUCAGCCUCGAGUGCACAUUGCAAAUGUCGUCUUUGCCCAUGAUGUGUAUCCCAUGGUGUUUGUCGUGUUCCUAGGAUUCAGCAAUGGCUACCUGAGUACAUUAUCGAUUAUUUAUGGUCCCAAAGUCACACCGAAGGAACAAUCCGAAGCAGCAGGAGUGUUGAUGAUGCUCUUCCUGCAGGUGGGGUUAGCACUAGGAUCAGGCUUUUCGGUCCUUGUUGUCCAUCUCAUAUAGAUGGGAGAUUUCAAGCCACUCCUGGAACUUCACUUCCACAAGGACAUUGUGGAAAAAGGCAGAGCAAAUCUGGCUCCUAUCACUGCAGUAUUCCAUUUCUUAGGAAGUGGUGUAGGCAUUGUGGCCUUCGGUUGUGCAGAAAAAGCUUGGAAACCCACCACAAAAUGCAGAAGUGAAAUUCAAAAAUAUUAUCGAAGGUCUCUCUUUUUGGGAGGCGCAAAUGGUUUUGUUUUAUUUAGCAACACGACUCAUGUAUCUUCGCAGGUUUAUAACAUGGAAGCUCUUGUGUUUUUCUAUGGAUAUGAAGGAAUUGCAUUCUAGAUUCCAAUGUUCCUACUAAAAUCCGUCCUUUAAAUGAUUCAGAAUAUUAAAAGUCCAUUUGGAGAAUUCUGCAAAGGGAUCAAUAACUCACUGUACCUUUCAGUGUACGUUUUACAUGACCUUUCUUAAGAGAAAUGUGCCUGUAAUCCAGUGUCUGUUAAACAUUUUAAAUAUAUAACAAAUGCAGAUCAAAUAAGAAGGAUUCCCAAAAGCUUUUCAUAUGAAGAGUAGUUGAGAAACAUUUUUGGUUGAGGAACAGGUACCCUUAAACCAAUAAAUCUCUGGUGCAUAUUUUUUCAAGGGUAAAUUACAAGCUUGAGUGCCAAAUGAAGUUAAACAGAGAUUAAAAUGGGACCAACCAGGAUUUUGCAUUCAUUCUCCCCUUACAGCUAUGUAUCCUGGAUGAAAUUGGUAGGAGUUGCAAGUAUAUGCAACACACUCACAUAUAUACAUACAUAUAUGUAAAUAUGUCACAAAUCAACUUAUUCUGGUUCGUCAAAGACACUUGAACUUUUUUGGAGAAAACAUAGGUCCUUGCAACCCAAUGCUGUCAAAGUAUUAGGAACUCCUUUAUGUCAGUAGUAGAAUCAUUUUUGCAAUCAGGCUGUUGGGAAUCUCUGCUAUUCAGAAAAGAGGACCAGAUGUUUUAUAAACAAUGUGACUUAAUCAAAUUAGAGCAUUGGGUAGUAGAUUUGCUACUUUUCUAUUCGUUUUUACUUAUUUAGGGCUAAAAAUAACUGUUAUUUUUACAUUGAGUAGAGCAACCAGUUCUGGAUUGGGAACAUCUAAAUGACCACUGGAAAACAGCAGAGCGUUAGUGUUUUCUAUGUCUCUUUGCUGCCAUCUCAUGGUCAUUCAGGGGUUUGCAGACCAGUUGGGAGCAAAGCUAACUUAAGUUCCUUUAUUUCAUUUUUACAUUCUUGAGGAAGCAUUAAGCAAUAAAAGCACUUUCUUUGGGUUUCACUACAUACACUUUUUCAUGCAUUGUAAUGUCUGACGAAUAUUACAUUUGUGUGUAGAGAAAAAGUCACUUUGUAUAAUGGCCAGUGCAGGGGUGAAAUGCAGGUGCUAAGAAGCCUUUUCUAAGUCUGCAAAGGAAAGUAGAACAGCGAGGGGGGAGGAACAGCUGUGCCGCACGAUUUAAAUUCUCUAGAAAGCAGGAUUUCCUGCUUUCUAGUCAAUAUAAAUCGCGCGGCACAGCUGAUGGUCAAAGAGCUGGUUGUCGGAACUUUUUAAAAACUUUUAAAGCAUUUUCAUGCCGAUGACCAGCUGUGUGACCAUUAGCUGUGCCACGCGAUUUCUAGCGAAUAUCAUUCGCGCAGCACAGCUGAUUGUCGUACGGUGGUUCAGCCAAACCGUAGCAUUUUUUUACAACCAGUCCAGUUGAACUGGUAGCAUUCUUUACUACUGGUUUGGGAGAACCGGCCCGAGUCAUGGUUGUCCCAAAGGUGAUUUUUCAUAAGGCAACUGGA